AUGCAAUGUUCUUGGAAGGCUGUGAUCCUCCUAGCCUUGGCCUCCAUCGCUAUCCAGUACACGGCCAUCAGGACCUUCACCUCCAAACCCUUCCAGCUCUGCCCUGUUCCAAGCCCACAGAACUGUGGCCUCGGAGCCCAGGACACAGACCCACCCUUUGAGCGUGGCUGUGAUGAAUAUCCUUAUUUUACCUAUAAUGUCUCACGUAAGACCCACAUCUUGGUGCUAGCCACCACACGUAGUGGCUCCUCAUUUGUGGGACAGCUGCUUAACCAACAUUCAGAUGUUUUCUAUCUCUUUGAGCCCCUAUAUCACGUCCAGACAGCCCUGAUCCCUCGGCUCUCCCAUAGCCGUAAUCCUGCAGACCGUAGGGUAAUGCUUGGAGCUAGUCGCGACCUGCUCAGAAGCCUGUACGAUUGUGAUUUGCAUUUCUUGGAAAGUUACAUCAAACCUCCCCCGACCAAUCACACUACAGAUAAGCUGUUCCGACGAGGGGCCAGCAAGGCGCUAUGCUCACAGCCUGUGUGCGAUGCUUUUGGCCCAGGAGAGAGCAUUGUGGAAGAGGGUGAUUGCGUGAAGAAGUGUGCAACUCUUAACAUGACUCUAGCAGCAGAGUCUUGCAGGGAGCGCCGGCACAUGGCCAUAAAGAUUGUCCGUGUUCCUGAGAUUGGUGACCUGCGGGCAUUAGUUGAGGAUCCACGGCUCAACCUUAAAGUGAUCCAGUUGGUGAGAGACCCACGAGGGAUCCUGUCCUCACGAAUUGAGACAUUCAGAGACACAUACCGCCUGUGGAGGAUCUGGAGGGCAACAGGGAGGAAGCCCUACAACCUAGACUUAGGUCAGCUGACAGUAGUAUGUGAGGACUUUCUGAGCUCAGUUUCUACUGGUCUAAGCCACCCAUAUUGGCUAAAGGGGAAAUACAUGCUGGUACGAUAUGAGGACUUAGCACGGAACCCACUUCAGAAGACCAAGGAGAUAUAUGACUUCCUUGGUCUACCUAUGGACAAAAAUGUGGUGGACUGGAUACAGGCCAACACUAGGGGGAGUAACGAGCUCUUGACCAAACACAAAUAUGGAACAGUGAGAGAUUCUGCAGCUAAUGCUGAAAGCUGGAGGCUUAAACUGUCCUUUGACAUGGUGGACUACACGCAAACCGUGUGUCAGAAGAUCCUACACACACUGGGUUAUAAGAGUGUAAAAUCUGCAGAGGAACUGAAAAAUAUGUCACUCUCGCUUGUGGAGGACAAAAUUUUUGUACCAUUUUUAUAA